UGGUGAUUGAUGGUAACCUGCACAAAAUAUAUGGCUAUUGCUGCAGCGUUUCAACAUCAGAUAGCAAACAGCGGCGUUGUACGACAAAGCAUGAAGCCUGCAAACAGCGUGUAUGUGAUAUUUGGGAUACUUCAUGUUGUGUGUAGUCAGCAAGCUUCGACCGAGAGCGACAGAGACUACGAUCUAAAAAUUACCAAGUUUCUGUGCCUCGAUACACCUUAUCAGCGAAGUGUGCUGCACUAUUGCAAAACAAUAGCUCGUCGCAAUCGACCCACUAUUCUGAACCUGUCAAUAACGAUUCCCGAAAGCUUUGAUUAUGUGAAGAUGAGAUUUAGUACGGAAUACAAAUUUUCCACUUUUCGUCCUUUCCUGUUCGAUUUGGAAAAAGAAGCGUGCGAGUUUUUAUCAUCAAAAUCUCGCGAUCCUGCGUCAGAAAUUGCGUUUAAGGUGGUGUUUGAGAAGUUUAGGAAUAUCGCAAAACCGUGUCCGCAUGGUAACCGCACAUAUAAUAUAGAAUAUUGGGUGGAUCCACAAACCCUGCCAAAAUCCGUUCCUGCUGGUGAUUAUCGACUAACUACAACUUUCACUUUCAAAGACAACGUAACUAUGCUCAAGCUUCAAACAUAUGGUACAACUAGGAGGAAGGGAAUAUUUCGAUCCAUGAUUGAAUGGUGAAACAAUUCUUCUCUUAGUUGAAAAUAUACCGCAAAGCCUAUAAUAAAUACACACCGGUACAAUGGAAACACUAUGGAGUCCAAUUAAAAGAAACUUUAAGGAGAAACGAACCAAUUAAAAAGCAAGAGUUCCACAAAGUUCAGCUGUUGGUCCUUAUCAACCAGUAACCUCCAGCGAUUCAACAAUGUAACACUGAUAUGUAUAUCAAUAGCAUAAAAUCCCAGCUCGACAAUGGAAAAUGCCCAGUUGACGGAGCUGUUU